AUGCCACUUCAGGGAAUUACUACGUGUGACAGGUACCUGCAUGGGAAAGAGCAUCCUGUCGUCUUUACCUUCCAUGGCGAUAAGCAAACACCUCCUUCCGAGAAGCAACAGCGCGUCACUGAGCUCUCGGACCCAAUGCUCAAGAUUGCCGGCAAGCCCUUCUUGACCGUAUAUGCGCAAGGGGUGAACAGUACGGAUUGGAACAUGACGCAUAUCUGGAAAGGGGCGCCGUAUGAGAACAAGACCAUGGACGAUAUUGCAUACGUAUAUGACAUCCUUCACACUAUCUCCACUACCUACACAAUCGAUCGUUCCCGUCUUUACGCCUGCGGCAAGUCCAAUGGAGGCGGAUUUACAGCGCUCCUCGCUUGUCGUCCCGAUACUUCUGCCCUCUUUGCAGCCUUUGUCCCCGUCUCGCCCGCACUCUACCAAGGGGUGUACUCUUUCCACGGCUGUCAAGAGGAUAGAGCAGUCCCGAUCUUACAAGUUCAUGGCGUUGAAGACGAUAACACCCCUUUCUACGGCCGCAAACCGGAAGGAGGCGGGUACGGCCCCGAGCCAGAUGUAAGGCUUUGGCGGCGCGAGUGGGCUCUGCGUAAUGAAUGUGUAGGGCGCUGGCCGGGGCAUUAUCCAGAGCCAGCGGUGAAGGAGAUAUAUGAGGGUGUGUGGGAGGAGGUAAGGGAUUGUCCCAAGGGCGAGGUGAGGGCGUUGAGUGUUGAAGGUUUGGGGCAUUCUUGGCCGAGUACGCUGGGGUUUGAUCUGGCGGGAAGUCCCAACCAGACUGCCAACUUCAAUUUGACUACGCUUCUCUCCGUGUACGACAAGACCGGUCUCCUUCCCUUCGCUAAGGGGCUCAAGGAGCUCGGCUUCAGGCUCUUGGGCAGUGGUGGUACUGCCAAGAUGAUCCGAGAGGCUGGUCUGGAAAUUGAGGAUGUCUCCAACAUCACUAAGGCCCCCGAAAUGUUGGGCGGUCGAGUCAAGACUCUUCACCCCGCUGUCCACGGUGGUAUCCUCUCCCGAGACAUCCCUUCCGACCUUGCCGACCUUGCGACCAACAAGAUCUCCCCCAUCACCCUUGUUGUCUGCAACCUCUACCCCUUCGUCCUCCAGACCCAAAAGCCCGACUGCACUCUUGCUGGCGCUAUCGAGGAAAUUGACAUUGGAGGUGUCACUCUUCUCCGAGCUGCUGCCAAGAACCACGGCCGAGUCUCUAUCAUCUCUUCCCCCUCCGACUACGAGACCAUCAUUGCUGAGCUCAAGGAGAAGAAGGAGGUCUCUGCCGAGACCAGGAGGGGUCUUGCCCUCAAGGCUUUCGAGGACACCAAGAGCUACGACGAGGCUAUCAGCGACUACUUCAGGAAGACUUACGCUACCCCUGAUGUCGGCGAGGACUCUCAGGCUGGUGCUGGUGUCGGCUACCAAAGGUUGGGUUUGAGGUAUGGUGCCAACCCUCACCAGAAGCCCGCCCAGGCUUUCGUUGAAAACGGCGAGUUGCCCAUCAAGGUCCUCUCCGGAUCCCCUGGUUACAUCAACCUUCUCGACGCCCUCAACUCUUGGGCUCUCGUCAAGGAGCUCGCUGCCGGCUCCAACCUCCCCGCCGCUGCUUCCUUCAAGCACGUUUCUCCCGCCGGUGCCGCCGUCGGUAUCCCUCUCGACGAGCGAUCCGCCAAGGUCUUCGGUGUCGACGACUUGAAGGAGCUUUCUCCCCUUGCUUGCGCCUACGCCCGAGCCCGUGGUGCCGACAGGAUGUCUUCUUUCGGUGACUUCAUCGCUCUCUCCCACCCCGUCGACACCCCCACCGCCAAGAUCAUCUCCCGAGAGGUCUCUGACGGUGUCAUCGCUCCCGGAUUCGAGGCCGAGGCUCUCGAGAUCCUCAAAAAGAAGAAGGGCGGCAAGUACUGUGUCCUUCAGAUGGACUCCAACUACGUUCCUCCCGAGAUCGAGACCCGACAGGUCUACGGUAUCUCCCUCCAACAAAAGCGAAACGACUGCAAGAUCGACGAGUCUCUCUUCCAGAACGUCGUCACCAAGAACAAGGACCUUCCCCAGUCUGCCCUCACCGACCUCGUCGUCGCCACCCUCGCCCUCAAAUACACCCAGUCCAACUCUGUCUGCUACGCCCUUAACGGUACCGUCAUCGGCCUCGGUGCCGGCCAACAGUCCCGUAUCCACUGCACCCGCCUUGCUGGUGACAAGGCCGACAACUGGUGGCUCCGACACCACCCCCGUGUCCUCGCUUUGCCCUUCAAGAAGGGCACCAAGCGAGCCGACAAGGCCAACGCCAUCGACCUUUAUGUCACUGGCGAGGCUUUCGAGGCUGAGGGUGGUGAGAGGGCGCAGUGGGAGAGCUUGUUUGAGACUACCCCCGAGCCUCUGACAAAGGAGGAGAAGGUUGCCCACAUGAAGGAGUUGAAGGGUGUUGCGUGCGCGAGUGAUGCCUUCUUCCCCUUCCCCGACAACGUCCACCGAGCCAAGAGGUCGGGAGCGACCUACCUUGCGGCCCCUGGCGGAAGUAUCAUGGACGCGGAGUGUAUCAAGGCUGCGGAUGAGAGUAACUUGGUGUUCUGCCACACCAACUUGAGAUUGUUCCACCACUAA